AUGGCCCUCAACCUGGCAGCGUUCAAGGCAAUUAUCUUUGACGUCUACGGUACCCUGGUCGACUGGGAGUCGCCGAUUUACGAGGGGCUCAUUCCAAUUAUCAAGAAGAACCCUGCUUGCGCAUCGUGGUCUCGGAAAGAUGUUUUGGAGGCAUAUUGCAUCGUCGAGGCCACUUUGGAAGAGCAGCAUCCGGACUGGCUAUACGCCAAGGUCCUGGAGGAAUCUUACAAGGAAUUGGACCGUCAAAUGAGUACAGCGGGAGAGGGAACAAGCGGUUCUGAGGGCGACGCGAUUAAGUUCGCGGAAUCCAUACGCGACUGGCCUCCGUUUUCCGACACCGUCGUCGCACUGCGAUCACUCGCUAAGCGGUACAAAUUAACGGUCCUAUCAAAUGUUGACCAUCAGUCGUUCGCAUUCACGCACUCUAAAUUAUCCGAUGACACAGAACAUCUUAGCCUCUACGCUCAUAAACCACAGCCAGCGAGGACACCCCUCGACCCAUCCCUUGGUUUCCACCCCCGUCGGAAUCCCGAAUCAAAGUCCCCAUUUACCCUUGUACUGACCGCUCAAGAUACCGGAGCUUACAAACCGUCGCCGCUCGGAAUCGGUGCGGCCAUCGAGUGCAUCAUCAAAGAUCCCGACUGCGACGUCAGAGACAAGUCAGAAAUCCUGGUAGUGGCCGUUAGCCUAUUCCACGACAUCUAUCCAGCUCACGAGCUUGGGCUUAAGAGUGUCUGGAUCCAUAGACAAGGAACGAGGAUGGGUCUGAAUGUUGAGGAUAAUUCGCCAGACCUUGAUCCGGAAAGAGUCAAACGACUUGGUGAAGGUAAAUGGUCGCUGCGCUUCGAGACGCUGGGUGAAUUUGCAGAAGAAGUGGAGAAAGGGUUUGCUGAUAGGAGGUGA